UAGAAGAAAAGUAUCAUAUUCAAGUAAGGUACACUUGACAUAAGAGUAAGGUACAUCCUUCAACAUUGUUCACAAAAUUUCAGUUCUUUCUUUUUCAUCUCCGAUUACUCGAUACAUAUAAUUUCUACAUGCAAAAUUCAAUACUUGCUAGGCAUAAAUGAUGUCUAUAAAUCAUAUCAAGGCUGCCUGGAUUGCCUAUAAUGUGCAAUCUUUUUGCAUCCUAAGCCUCUUCAUCCAAGCUCUAUUGCUUCUUUUAGCACCAUUCAGGAAGAGAACAGGCAGUAAAAUCCUGAUGGUGUUUGUUUGGUCAGCAUACAUGGCUUCUGAUUGGGCCCCUGCUUUCAUUCUCAAUCUCAUUGUAAAUUACAGCAAAACAAGACAUGACAAGGCAGAACUUAUGUCACUUUGGGCUUCUUGUAUGUUGCUGCACUUGGGAGGUUCUGAUCACGCCAUAGCAUUUUCCCUCGAGGACAAUGACCUCUGGUUUAGGUAUGCCUUCACGUUUGUUUUCAUGUUCCUGUCCUCUGGCUACGUCUUCUACUUAUCCUUCUCCCAAGUAAACUAUCUUUGGAUCCCAAAUGUCCUAGUGUUCCUCGCUGGGAUCAUCAAAUGUUACGAGAGGGCACGUGCUAGGUUCAUAGGGAGUAUGGAUAAGUCCAUAACGUUGAGUCAUCGUAAGUAUGAAGAUGUUGUGAAGAAGAAGUCUUCAGAAGAACCUCACAAUUUCCGAGCAAGAGAGCUGGAUGAUGUGGAGGUUAUACAACUUGCGUAUACAAUAUUCAGGGCCUAUAAAGGUGUUCUGGUGGAGCACAAGUUCACUUUUGAGGAGUACAGUAGAAUUCAAAAACUCCUGCAAAACAGAACGGAUCUGUUUGCUUUUAGAAUCGCACAGGCUGAACUCGAGAUUCUACAUGAUCUUCUAUACACAAAGGCACAAAUUUUUCAUGAAAGUUUUGGGAACUCAGCUCGAUCUGUCUAUUGGGUUCUACUUACUGCAGCAUUGGCUUCUUUCUCUUUGUUGGUGAGGAACAACAACCAAAAGCAAUUUGAUCCGUUCGAUGUGGGACUAACCUACAGCUUACUCAUUGGAGGUAUGUUUUUGGAUGCCGUUGCUUUUGUUGUAUUGCUUUAUUCCUCAACCUUCACAAUUGCCACAAUGUCAAGGGCAAAGACGAGGCCAAUCACUUGGGUCGUCAAAUUCCUCAAAGCUUUGAAGUGGCCACGGCCACGGGCUCUAUGGUGUUGGAGACCAUCUCUCCAACAAUUCAACCUCAUAAACUAUGGUUUAAAUCGACCUCCAAAAGCAUGGGAAUGCAUAAUUGAUUACCUACACCUUACAAAUUAUCUUGAUGAGAUGAUAUAUGUGAAAAACAAGAGUCUUUCUCCUUUAUUGGAAGCUGAAAUUCUAAGACAAAUAGAAAUAUGUAUAAAUAGGCACGACUGGGAUUGUAACUCGUAUGCUUCUAAAUUCACUAAAUGCACCAGCAAGUUCUCUAUGUCGAAGGAGCUUAACAAGAACGAGUUCCUCAUAGUAUGGCACAUUGUGACAGAGAUUUUCUUUAAUGUUGAUGUACCUGAGGCAAAUAUUGGAUCCGAUUCAAGAGAGUUGAAAAACCUUAGAGAAUGUUCAAAGUCUCUAUCAGACUACAUGGUUUACAUUCUUAUUUUUCGACCUUUCUUCAUGCCUGUUCCUAACAAGAAAAAGAUAGAAGAGACCAACAACAAGAUAAAAAUAUUGCUUCAUGAAAAGAAACAUUUAAGCCAAAAAGAAGCUUGCAAAGAGAUCAUGAAAAAAGCUGCUGAGGGGAGCAUUCUUCAGGAAUCGUUCUUGUAUGAAGCUUUUAAUGUUGUCAACUGUUUGCAAACUGAACCUCAUUGGUGUCAAGACAGAGUUAAAUGUUGGAAGAUUAUUCACAAAACUUGGAUCGCGAUAUUAUUUGAUGCUGCCAAAUGCUCUGCACCACGUGCUCAUGCACAAUAUCUUGUGAAAGGUGGUGAAGUUUUAUCCUUAAUCUGGUUGUUGGGUGCUAACUGUGGAUCCAUGGCUCACUUUGCAUUUUUUGAAGAUUCUGAUGAGGAAAACCAAGAUAGAAAUAAUGGCUAGGCUCGAAUCGAUGUAUGACUAAAGUUUAGGAAUGUAACAUAUCAUGUGAAGAAGAGCAUCAUACCAGUUGGCAUCUUUUGUAGUGUUAAAACUUAUGAAUAAAAUUGAGCUAUGGAUAUGUUCAUCGAGUACUUUUACAUAUUAUUGAUACCAUGAACCAUGUAAUUUUACAUGGACGAUGUACUCAAUUCUUGUGAAUUAUGGGGGAUUUUUGUGUCAUAUAGACAAUGUAUAUACUUGUGUAAAAAGCUUACCUGCACCUAGUGUUUAUUACACACCAAACCAUACUAAUUUACACGGUCAAGUCAUAUAUUAAGGUGGUAAAAUGUAUGAUCAGUUAAGUUUUUACUGUAUUCCUACCCUACUAGAAACAUAAUUGAAUGAAAUUAUCUAAUAGUAACAAUCUCCACUUCUUUUUUCCAUCUAAGCAUCUCUAUUUUUUGUUCUUUUACACGCUACUUCAAGUAGAGGUUUAUGUUUCUCGAUAACAUGUUAUUAGCACGAGUCUCUACUCAACUUCAAAUAGAGAUUUAUAUCUUUUUGGUGACUUUUGUAUUAUAGAAGAUGUUAGCAGUAGGAUCUUCCACACCACAGAUGGGAGGUUCUUAAGCCAAAAACAUCCCUAAGAAUAUAUGCUUUCUUUUAAAAAUUCUAACUUGGUUACCACUCAGAGCAUCAGCAUAUAUCUGGUUUUAACAUAGAUUACUUGACUUGGAUAAUUUUUUAGCAAAAAAUAUUAUCAUUUGUAAGCUUAUCAAGGCAAUUGAUUUCUACAUGAGUUGUGGAAUACUUCGCAAAAGAGCAAAACCAAAGAACAACAGCAGUAGCAGCAACAAUAUUAGACGUCUUCCGCGUAAAUUGGAAGAAAUCUUACAAUAUGAAGAGCCUGAUGUGGAAGUACUUUUGGAUGAACAAAUCAGGUACUGGAUUGAUACAAAGACAAAGGCAAAGUGCUUCUUCUUGUAUGCCAAAAAUCUACAUGUCCUAUGGUCAGAAGAAAGCAGCAAGUGGAGUCUGCCCCAAUAUAAAGAGCAUCCAAGUGAUCAACCUGUUCAAGUUUACGAGAUGGAAACAGUUCUAUCACUAGCUGUUGGUGGAAGUUUUGAUGCAGGAAAGCUUUCGAGGGGAGUAGAGUACAAAGUUUCACUUGUGGUGUUAUUGAAGAAAUUUCUCUCAGGAUGGGAAUUUCCACUGCAAACUAUACUUGUUAAGCCUGAUGGUACCGAAGAACAUCAAAGUACUGAAGAUCUUAUGGAAAAGCCAAAAAGAAAAUGGAUAAAAAUUCAACUAGGGACUUUCAUGAUUCCACAAGAGAUGGAAAGUAUCACAAAUUUGGAAUUCUAUGUGCAUGAAAGGAAAGGUAGAAAACUUAAGAUGGGACUGGUUAUUAAAGGUGUUGAAGUUUCUGUCUAAAUUCUUCUACAAAAUAUUAUGAGUAAACAAAAUAAAAUUUAACAAUAAUAGAGAUGU